AUGGCUGCUCGUGGACGUGUUCAUGAUGACAUUUAUGAAGAAGUUGAAUCUAUGGAUAUUGCUGAUGUAUACAAAGACUCUCAAUUGGAUCCCAAUGUUAAUAGCUUUAUGAAGAGAGUUUUUUAUCUUAUGAAGGAACCACAAUACUUAGAUUGGAGACUUAAUUCUGAUACGCGUGUUGAGACUGAUGAGAUGCGUUGUGAAAUUAUUAAAAAUAAAUUGGAGUCUAUAAAAAGGAGUGAAAGACUUUCUCAAUAUUUGGAUGAACAAGGAAUAAGUUUAAAUAGUUUUAAUGUAUGGAAUAGAAAAUUCAGUGGAAAAGGAAAUAAAGUUCCUAUUAAUAACAUGACUAUUCCUGAAUGGGUUAGAAAACAAUCAAAAAAAUGUAGUGAAGAUGUGACUGAAAUACAAGAAAAGAAUGAAGUUGAGCGUUUAGUUAGUAAUGAAGCUUUGGAUGAAAUGAAAUCCCGACGUGCUAUGACGAGAUCUUUACCAAAGAAGAGUGAUGAAAAGAAGCCUAAGAAACCAGAAGUUGAUAAUUAA